GGAUAUUUAAUCUGUAGAGCUCUUUUUAAUUAGCAGUUCCGAAGUCAUCAUUCUUUCGGGCAAUGUUUACUUCGACUUUAAUGGCGUUUUAAUUUAAACAUGAAAUAAAGAGUUUAUAAUGAAAAAUCAUUACCCUUCUCAGUUGUGAAUUUACAUUGGGUAUUGCUUUUUAUUGUUCUAAAAGUGUGCUUUUAUUUGAAGUUUGUCUCCUAAAGAGAUGAAGAAACACAGUAACAAAGACUUUGGAAGGAAAUAUUUUUAGUAAAAAACAAAUAUUCUUUUGAAAACGCAUAAAAUGUCAAAUCUUAACAGCAUUAUCGUCUUUGUACGGCAUUAUCUCAAGUUAUAAUUAUAUGUGUGCAUCGUGCGACCAUUGAUUUGGAAUGUAAAAUGGCUUAUACCUAAGCGUAUCUGUAAAGAAUUAGGAUUUCAUUUUUAAGAAAAAAGUAUAGGAAAUGGAUGACAACAGAAGACCAACCUUUAUUUUACUGGGUUUUGCUCUUUUCACAGUGUGGACUUUCAAGAAUGUAACUGGUUCAGAUGAAGCAAAAUUAGAAGGGCCGAAGCUGAACAUAUCAGAAGAUUUUAUAGAUGUUCCCUUGAACUCAACACUGUACAUUCAAUGCACUGGUCAAAUGCCAAUGUCAUGGAAAUACAGGGAUCCCAAGGUCAGCACUAAAAAGUAUCAGGAUGUGAAAGCUGUAUCAGACACCAAUGAAAGUGAUGGUGUUUUCAAAAGUGUCGUUCAGCUGUUUUUCACAAGUUAUGAAGAAACUGGAGAAUACGUAUGUUAUUACAACGAUCUAUCAACAUCAGUAUAUAUCUUCGUCAAUGAUGAGUCGCACUUGCUUCUUCCUUUGGAUUACUUCUUAUAUACUCUUCAUGAAGGUACUCGUUCUGUUAUCCCUUGCCUGCCAACUUAUUCAAAGGCAAGCAUCUCCUUAUGGAAAAUAACGUCACAAAGUGUCGAAAAGAUUCAAUUAGCCCACGAUGUAGAAUAUAAUCCUACGGAAGGGUUCAUCAUAAAAUACCCGACAAGUUCCUUCAAAGGUUAUUUCCAAUGCUCAGCUGAAUUCCAAUCAAUGUCAGAGAAUUUUACUUUCCAUGUUGACAUUCUGCCACAGACACAAUCGAUUCCUGAAGUUUUUAUAGAUGACAAAAAUGCGAAAUACGUUUUACUGCAUUCCAACUUUACUUUAAUAUGUAAUAUUAAAGUAAUGCGAACAACCUUAAUGGACCCCGUGAGAUGGUCAUAUCCAGUAAGAGAUGAGAACAGAAUCAUAUCAGGUACCCCCAAAAUUAAGAAAACGAGAAUUCAUAAAUUGAUAUCAAACCCAUUGACUGUUAUUAACGCUCAAAAGACGGAUGAAGGGAUUUAUCAGUGCAACGCAACAGAUCAUUCUCUAAGAGAAAACUACCAUCAAGUUGAAAUUAAAAUAUAUGAAAAUCCUCAAGAACCAGUUGUUACAUUUACGGAAGGAUUGGAGAAUAUCGUCAAGAGUCGAACUAAAGAAGUAGAUCUCAUUGCAACUUAUACAGUGUUUCCUUUAACAACAGAUAUUCGAUCUUUGUGGAUCAAAGAUAAUGCUCAGCUUUCACCUGCUAACAAUAAAUAUAAAAUUAGAUCAUCUAGUUCGGAAUUUCGCUUGAGUAUUUCAAAUCUUACAAAAUUGGAUUCGGGAUUUUACACUGUAGCUGCACAUACUUCUGGAGGAUACUUCAAUAAAUCUUUCCACCUUCGUGUUAAAGAUACGCCAUCUAUAAAAAUAAAGAAUGUAACAACGUGCUGUUUCGUUCCUAGUCACUCAUAUCAGUUACAAUGUGAGUCUAAAGGAUUUCCCUCCCCAACUCUUUUUUGGAGUUGGGCAGACAUCCGCGAUUGCACAAGUCCAUCUUGUGAUAAAAAUAAGAAAUGGAAAUAUGUUGAUGAGUUAACAGAUAUCAAUAAUCACACUCAAUGGUUUAUGAAUAUUGACGAAGAAAAUGUUUGGUCUUUACUGAACGUAACAGCUAUAACUUCAGGAUAUUACAAAUGUGUAAGUCAAAAUGAAAUGGGCUUUGCUGAAGAAGUGAUACCAUUUAUUGUUUCAGAUGUCAAAAAUGGUUUUGAUAUGGAAAUAGAAAAUAAUUUACCUUUAGAAUUGAGUCCGUUUUCAAUGACUUGUAGGGCAAGUUCUGAUUUGUAUGAAGAUUUAUUUUGGACGUGGACACCCGGUUUUACAAAUGAAAGCAGCCCCAUUCAGGAUGAUUUAUUAACAAGAUCAAAUACUUCCAACUCCAUAGCCUUAGAAAUGAAUCUAGAAAAAAUAUUCCUUAAUAAUUCUGGAAUUUAUAAGUGCUUAGCAACCCCAAGGUUCGGAGACAAACUUGAGGAGAAAACUACGUACAUCAAUGUGCAAAAAAUUCAAGAACCUCAGUUUGAAAAUGGAGACUGGGACAAAGAAUUAUUAGCCGCUGCCAAUUCGAUUUUGGAACUUGAUUGCGUAGUGAAUGGAACGCCUUUGCCAAAAGUUACCUGGUAUCGAAAUGGAGAGCUUUUAACUUCAAACUUUACCGGCGGCAAAUUUGAAGAGGAUUUUCAAGUGCUUAUAAUCAGUCGAUUGGUAGAUGAAGACAGCGGAGAUUAUGCAUGCAUUGCAGAAAAUGUCGCUGGAGCCAUUAUGCGAAACAUGUCCCUUUCAAUUAUCUCAAGUGGAGUUUCUGGCCACGUAACUCAAGGUAUAUCCGAACCUAUACAUGUCGGGGUAUUAGCAGCUGCUGGCAUUUGCGUAGCUACAAUACUUAUUCUUCUCCUUUUAUUUGCAAGGUGGCUUUACAAAAGGAAACAUACUUUAAUGAAAUUACAAGGAUUCAACCAUCAGCUCUUUCAAGAAGGUCACUUUGGAAUUUAUGAUCCCAAUAUGCCUAUAGAUGAACAAGUAGAUCUGCUGCCAUAUGAUAACAGAUGGGAGUUUCCUAAAGAAAAUUUGAAAUUUGGAAGAACUCUUGGACAAGGUGCUUUCGGAAGAGUCAUUAAAGCUGAAGCAUUUGGAUUAAACGAUUACGAAAAAUCAACUACAGUUGCUGUUAAAAUGUUAAAAGAAAGAGCUGAUAUCAACCAACAAAGAGCAUUAUCUGCCGAACUAAAGAUCCUAAUCCAUUUGGGUCAUCAUGUUAAUAUUGUUAAUCUCAUGGGUGCUGUUACGAAGAAUAUUGAAAAAGGUGAACUUUUAGUAAUGGUGGAAUACUGCAAGUAUGGAAAUCUUCGUAAUUAUCUUCUUCGGCAUCGGGAUAAAUUUGUUAAUGAGACGGAUCUAUAUAAUAGAAGCCCUGUCCCAUUAUCAGAUAGCCCACCGCUUGACAGCGGCGUAACAUGCUUCACGGAAGUUAGAUUUGAUACUUUUAUGUCUUCGUCUGGUUCAGGAUCUACAGUGUUUGCAGUGGAUAAUCCCAAUUAUAGACAAAGAGUGCAAAGUAUUGUAAGCUCAGAUCCAAAGGGCUCCUGCAGUAGUCAUAUUAUCGGACGUUCAAUGAGUUGCUCAUCUAGUAACGACAGCCGAUAUUACUGUCGGGUAGACAGCCAAGAGCAUGUAAUAACCACAUCAGAUCUCUUGUGUUUUGCAUUCCAGAGCGCUUGUGGUAUGGACUAUUUGGCUUCACGGAAGUUGAUUCAUAGAGAUUUGGCUGCGAGAAAUGUUCUUCUGGCUGAAGACAAAGUGGUAAAAAUCUGUGAUUUUGGUCUAGCCAAAGACUGCUACAAGUAUGAGAAUUAUGUGAAGAAAGGAGAUGGUCCAUUGCCAAUCAAGUGGAUGGCUGUCGAAUCAAUCAGAGAUCAUGUAUUCACAACAAAAAGUGAUGUAUGGUCAUUUGGAAUACUAAUGUGGGAAUUCUUUACUCUUGGGAGUAACCCAUAUCCAGGGAUAGAAAUAGAUGAAGAAUUUUAUAAAAGGUUAAACGCUGGAUUUAGAAUGGAAAGACCUGAUUAUUGUCCAGAGGAUGUUUAUGACAUCAUGAAAGACUGCUGGCUUGCAAAUCCUGACGACAGACCAGAUUUCAGUCAGAUUGCUGAUACAUUAGGGGGUCUUAUGGAAACAGGAGUUAAACAGCAUUAUAUUGACUUGAACGCUCCAUAUCUAGAGAUGAAUAACAAGUUGCUUACACAUAAUUACUUGAAUAUGCCGAGCAAUGAAUGCCAAAUUACGCCCACAAGACUUUAUAUGAACUCGGACACAAGUAAUUCCUUCUUAUAUGACAAUUUGCCCCCAAGUAAUCGGCCUGUUUUGGAUGCAUCAGUUCGCGACGAGGUUUUGGAAGAUAUUCCUAUGAUUCAACUCGACAUUACUGAAGAAAAACACACAGGACAGACUUUUAAACAACAGGAUAAUUACACACAUCCAUCCGAUUAUCUUCAGAUGGGAGACAAUUUUUCAGCAAGAUGAAUGCUUUAGAAGAAUAUGAAUGAUAUUAUAUUAGUGAAAUAAGUUUUCUGUAUAUGGUGAGAGUAACAUUAAAAGCAAUUUAUAUCAAAUAGUAAACACCAACGAAGUUUAAAAAAUAUUUUAAGACUAUAUGUAAUAUAUUUUAUUAGUGAAAAUAA